AUGCUAACAGAUAUCUGUUACAGUGAAAGUGUCUCCAUCCCUGUGAACCCUCGUACCAACCGCCCUGUUGGAUAUGCCUUCGUGGAUCUUGCUACUGCCCACGAGGCUACCUCUGCUAUUGGUGAACUCUCUGGAAAGGAGAUUCUCCAGCGCAAGGUUUCUGUUCAGCUGGCCCACAAGCCUGAGCCUGCCGAGGCCAAGGCCGAGGGUGCUGUAAGUGGCGGUGAGGGCGCCAGUGGCAAUGAGGGCCGCAGGAGGACCGGAGGUCGUGGCCGUGGCCGCGGCCGCGGUCGCGGUCGUGGAGGUCGCCUCGGUCGUGGAGGCCGUGCUCAGAACCAGCACCAGAAUGGCCAGGCUGCUGCUCCCGCUGAGCCUACCAACGUCCCAGGUCAGGCCGCACCUCUGACUGAGACCACCAACCAGACUGAAGCUGCUGCUACCUCUGAGUCUGGUAAGCAGGCUGCUAAGCCUCGUGCCCGCCCCCAAAAGCAGCGCGGCCCCCCUGAGGAUGGAAUCCCUUCCAAGACCAAGGUCAUGGUUGCCAACCUUCCUUAUGAUCUGAGUGAGGACAAGCAACCAUUUAGUUUAUGA